CCUUCGCAGCCAGAAGGGGGAGGCGCAUCCACAGCCCAGCAGGGUCUCCAAACCGAGUUCUGGGAGUGCACAGCCCGCAUCCUGUCACCUCAUUUGACUAUGGGAUCAUGAGUGAGAAGGAGGUGGAAAGUCCGCUGCAGGGAGGUCCUGAGGAAGAGAAUAGACCCAAAGGGAAUAUCCCCUGGAAAGGGAUCCCAGAGAAUCCUGGUGGGUCGGAGUUGUUGGAGGAAAACUGCACAGAGGAGCAGCUUCUGGGCAGAUCCCCACCCUGUAGGAGAGGCCUCCAGUCCAAGGAGAAACGCUACAACUGCACUGACUGCGACAAGAGCUUCAGCCAGAGCUCCCACCUCAUCCGGCACCAGGGCACGCACACGGGCGAGCGCCCCUACAAGUGCCCCGACUGCGGGAAGAGCUUCACCCAGAACUCCAAUUUAGCGCAGCACCAGCGGGUGCACACAGGUGAGCGCCCAUACCAGUGCCUUGACUGCGACAAGAGCUUCACCCAGAGCUCCCACCUGACAGAGCACCAGCGUGUGCACCAGGGUGUCAAGCCCUACAAGUGCACCAACUGCAACAAGAGCUUCAGCCAGAGCUCCCACCUCCUGCGGCACCAGGGCAUCCACACGGGCGAGCGCCCCUACAAGUGCCCCGACUGCGGGAAGAGCUUCAUCCAGAACUCCAACCUGGUGCAGCACCAGCGCAUCCACACGGGCGAGCGCCCCUACAAGUGUGGGGAGUGCGGGAAGAGCUUCAGCUGGAGCUCCAACCUCAUUGAGCACCAGCGUGUGCACACGGGUGAGCGGCCGGACAAGUGCCCUGACUGCGGGAAGAGCUUCACCCGCAGCUCUGCCCUCAUCCAACACCGGCGCAUCCACAAGGGGCUGAGGCCCUACAAGUGCAUGCAGUGUGGGAAAAGCUUCAAUAAGAGCUCCCACCUCAUCCGGCACCAGGGUACCCAUGCGUCUGGAGAGCUGCCCUGCACAUGCACCAGUUGUGGGAAGAGCUUUACUCGGAGCAUCCAGCAGCGGCCAAGGCCGCACCACUGUGCUGAGUGUGAGACACGCUUCUCCCACAUUGCAGGAGGCCAGCCACGGGCUGACAUAGCAGCAAAGCCCUACAAGUGUGGGGAGUGUGGCAGGAGUUUCGGGCGCAGUUCGUACCUGGUGCAGCACCAGCGCAUCCACACGGGUGACAGUCCCUACAAGUGCGGGGACUGUGGAAAGGGCUUCGGGGCCAGUGCCCACCUCACCCGGCACCAACUCAGCCAUGCAGGUGACCGGCCCUACCGAUGUCCUCAGUGUGGAAAGAGAUUUGGGGAGAGUGCAAAGUUGUUAAGCCACCGUCUGAACCAUGUGGGUGAGCGCCCCUACCAGUGUCCUGACUGCGAGAAGAGCUUCUGCAAAAGCUCCCACCUGGUUAGUCACCAGCGCACCCACACUGGAGAGCGGCCCUAUCACUGCACGAUCUGUGGCAAGAGCUUCUUCCAGAGCUCCCACCUCAUCCGGCACCAGGGCACGCACACGGGCGAGCGCCCCUACAAGUGCCCUGACUGUGGGAAGAGCUUCACCCAGAGCUCUAAUCUUGCCCAGCACCAGCGCAUCCAUACGGGGGAGCGCCCGUACCAAUGUACCGACUGUGGGAAGAGCUUUAGCUGGAGCUCCAACCUUAUAGAGCACCAGAGAACCCACCUAGCAUAGAAACCCUGAACAUGCCGCUAGCUGAGCAAACUCCCAACACUGAAGUAAACAUCUUGGGGCCAUCCGGAUGUUUGAUGGGGCUGAAAUUACUGGGUAUACAAUGCCAAAGAAUAAAAACCCACCGCAGGAGUUAGACUUCUUCACACUGCCAGACACAGUUGCCCGGCCCAGCCUCACCUGUUGCAAGAUCUAGGUGAUGAUCCCAUUUGCCACAGGAGCUAAGGAACCUGUAAUAAGGGAUGUGCUGGGAUGGAUUGGCAUGGAGCCAGGAAGUUAGCACUAGGGAAAGCACACUAGAUCUUCCAUUGCAUCUCCUUGGGGCCAGAUCUGUAGAGCUGCACAGUUCAAUGAGGGAAAGGUUUUUAUGAAAGCUGGGAAAUUGAUUCACAAGGAAUGAAGCACAUGGAUGAAGAACACAGGGCUUAUCAAACUGAUUCAUCCUCACACCCCACCUCCAACAGGAGCCAGUAUCAAAUGAUGCAAGGAAGAUGUAAGGCCCACAAUAGCAGAUGUGUAGUAAUCUGCCCAUCCCCCCAUUGGUCUAAUCCUGCUCUCUGAUGGAGAUUGACUAAUGUGCUAAAGCAGGAGAUUUAAUAUCUAUUUGCAGAUGUCAUUAAUUGUGAGAAAUCUGGAUAGUCUUGAUAAUCAGAAGAUUUUAAAAAAUUAAAACCAAGGAACCUAGCAGCCCAAAGGGGCAUUAUGUUACCAUUCUCAGGGGGCUGAGAUGAUCAGAGAGGCCUAACAGAGUCAGGUACCCAGAUCUGAUGAGAUUUAGGUACCUAAUUCUCCUGAACUCUUUUGAAGAUCCCAGCUUCCUUUAAUAAUCAUGUUUCUUCCCCUACCAGGGUGCUCUGCACAGCAACAUGAAGCACCAACAGCAGCUCACAUGGACCAUGUGAAAACAGAAGGGCCAAGGCCCAUGGAGAUACAUGGAAGAAGGUGGCUGAUGGAUUGAAAUACCCUGCAAAAAGUGUUUUCAGAUGUUUUUUAAAAGCUGAAGGAGGAGGCAAUGCUCUGAGAAGCAAGCUCAUACCAUCAUUCAGGGGUUCUUUCACAGCACAGUUUAGAAACAAGGCUGUCUUGAGGACUGUUCCUCUUCCAUUUGUGAUCGCAUGGACUGCUACCCCCCCUCUUGUGUGGUAACCAGUUACCCAGCAGGGGGCUCCUCUGGCUGGGCCUGACCCAGCCAAAGCAGCCCCCUACCUGCAGCGUGGUGUGGUGGGCUUGGCCUAGAGCAGCCCACAGCACGGUGGACCUGGCUGGGCUGGAGUAACCUCUGCCAUGGGGUCAUGGUUAACCAGUUAAAUAUUCCAUUUCACUGAUUCACUUUUGAACUUGGGAUUUUACAUCCCUAAUUAGGAAAGUGUGUAAUGCAUUUUAGCUCGUUUGGACCAGAUCCUCCAGGACGUUAGGUACCUAAUACUGUGGAAAAUGUGGGCUUUUGAAUGCGAUGUAUAAGGUGGAAAUGGAAAAAUGAGCUAGCAUCACAUAACUAGCCAGUUCAUUGCAGACCACCAGCAAGUGCUUGGCAUCCAUGGACCUCAGGGCUGGAAACCACUGCCAGGCUGGGAACAACUGCCCACAGGAAAAGCACAAUCAUCUGCCACUGGGAUGAUGGCAGAUUUCCUAGACUGGGUGGUAUCCAAGUUCAGCUACUCAUCAGGCCAAAGUCUCAAGUACAUCUAGGGCCUACACUGUUCUGCCCUUGAAAAACAAGCAGGAUCACUAAUUGGUAACUAUAGUGCAGAUCAAAGCCAAUCAUGUGAACAUGGAGACAUGAAACUCAGAAAUCCUAAGCUUCCAGCCAGCAAAGAUGCCACAUCUGGGCAUGCAUCUGGCACCAUUUGCUGGGGGGGAAAGGUCUAGUAAAAUUGCAGAAAAUGAACACUGAACAGGUCUCUGUGUAGAGAGGAGAUUUUGUAGAGGGGGAGCAUAGAGCAUAGGAUUCUCUGAUUUCAAAGGUAAUCAGAACUAGCAGGGAAAGAAGGACUUUCAAGAAUCUGUGCUGUGAAACUUUCAAGAAUCCACAUCUUCCCAAAUUGAAAUCCCUGGACUCGGGGUGGGAGGGAGGGUAAUAUCCAGAGGAAAACAUGACGUUAUGGCUACUGUCUCCUGUAAAAUUGCUAGUGAGGACAAACUCUUCCCUCUGAGGAAGUUAAUUCAUAGAUUUGAAGGCUACAAGGCACCAUCAUGAUCUGACUCCAACAAUACACAGGCCAGAGAAUUCUAACACAGACACGAGAGGCACAAGAGGAUUUCCACAAUUAAAAUUGCUCUAAAACUGGUGAACUAGUGGCAGACUUGGAACAUGGAUGCUACUUGUAGACUGAGCAGAUAGCAGUGACAAACUUGAAUCCAGAGAACUAUGUUUGCCAAUUGAUUUAUGCCAUUCUUGCUGCUGGUAACGAUUUAUAAUAGUGAUAUAAUGCUUUGUUUCUGAUAGCACCCGUGAUGUGUGGGGUGCUACAGGUGUGCACAGACACAAAAUAAGGCUCUUCCCUUGCUCCAAAGAGCUUACACACAUCAGAGAUAGAGAUUUGAAAAACUGAAACCAUUGACUAGGACGUAGUCUAAUUUUCAGCUUUGAAGGAGCAAUCCUACAGAUGCUGCUUUUGUUUCCGAUGUUACUCUGAUAUUGCAUUUAUUGCUGUAGAUGGGCGACACCAGGACAGAUGGGACAAGGAUAAUCAAUAAGCUGAAGUGGCAUGAUUGCUUCAUUCUCAUAAUUAUACUUAUCUAAAUUUAUCCCAACCCUAUGCACAUUCCCUUGCAUUAAACAUUGGUAUUUUCUGCUAUGACUUUCUCCUGCUUAGACAGCAGAUAUUGAGCCUAUGAAUUUAAGUGCUUAACUUCCAUGGAUUUCAAUAUAGCUGGGCCAAAUUGUAAAGAGUUUUGCAUCCGUAUUAGCUAAUCUGUCCAGGAAAAACAAUCAGCUGAAAAUGAGCUAGGGGUGGCAGUGAAUGGGGGCAUGGUGCAGGGAAAUGGAGUCCCUCAGUAUGCAGGACUUAGGAAUUCACACCUGGAACAGCUUCAGUUUAUACCAGCAUGACCCACUGUGGAAGAGCUGGUACAAUGAGAAGAGAACAGGGCCUUUAGUGCUCUGCCAGACAUGGAGACAGUACAGCCAGAAUUUACCCAUAGCCGGAGUCACAAGUUCAAGGCCAGAAGGGACCAUCAGAUUGUCUAGUUGGGGUGUCUCACGUUACAAGGUUUAAUUUUUGUAUCCCCAUGUCAAUAUGUCCCAUUCCAUGAUUGGUGUGAGGGUACUACAAAACAUGAGGCUCAUUUCUUAGUACCAGAAAGAUGCAGGAGGAGAGUCAGAGAAGAGCAGAAGAGGGCCAGGGGCAGUUGAUUAGUAGAUGAUUGGUAAGGACUACAUAUACAUAGCUUGUCUGAGGGUAUGUCUACACUUGCACUUGCCUGACAAAACUUUUGUUUCUCAUGGGUGCUCCUCCACCUCCCUGAAUGACAAAGUUUUGAUAUGGCAAAUGAAAAUGUGAAUGCUGCUUAGUUGGCAGGGGAGCCACUCUUGGGGGGUGAAAGUAUUUUGCUGGCAAAAGUGCUGACAAAUUGAUUUCACAUACUGACUUUUAGUGACAGGGCUGUCGACACAGCUUUGUCGCUAAAAGUUGCAUACUGUAGAGAUACCAGUAAGUAUGGAGGGAGAUCAGACAACUAAUGGAGGGGUAGGAUAACUCUUUAGGUGUCUAAAGGUUGCAAAUAACAGCAUUAUUUAUGAUGUCACAGAGGAGGGAGAACUACAAGUGUGAAAUAAGCUACCUAUCAGAGACAGUUCCUGUGGCCAUUAAUUCUUGUUGGUAGAAUAGUUUCAAAGUGAAAGCUUCAGCAUUAAAAUUAGGCUGCAAAAAACAGCCAAACAAUAAAUAAAUAAAAAGCAAACCACUGGGUAACAGUGAUCCCUCUUAUUCUUUAUGUUCCUGUGUGGAAUGAAUUUUGUUAUAUGCAUUAUUAUGGAGAUGAUGUACAACACAGAAGUGAUGUGCGACAUGUCACCUCCAUAUUAACGCACGUAACAAAAUUUUGCAUGGAUGAUCUAUGGGUUGGGUGGGACCGAGGAGUUUGGAGUGUGGGAAAGGGCUCAGGGUUGGGGAGAUGAGGGUUCUAGCUGAGAGUGCAGACUCAGGAACGGGGGUGGGGUGUUUGUGACGCAGGGUGGGGUGUUUGGGACGCAGGAGGGAUGUGUCAAGCUGGGAUCACAGGAUUGGAAUGUGGGAAUGGGCUCAAGGCAAAAGUGCAGGGUGCUUACUUGGGGCAGCUCCCUUUUGGUAAUGGUGGAGAGAACAGGUGGCUUUGCAUGGCUUGAUUCCAGCCAAUGGGAGUUGUAGGGACAGAGCUUCCCAGUGUUGCGGCUCCAGCAGAGAAGUGGGGGAUAGAACUGUGGUGUGCACAUCUGCCUUUCCCCCCACCGGUAAAGGGUGGCUCAGAACACAGGGGCUUUAUGGGCUGCAGCCCUGGACUAAGGGAGCCCCCUACUGGGUCCAGAGGAGAGCACCUGUUCCGCUGCAGCAACUCCCUGCUGCUGAGUGGGGAUGUUAACUAGUGAUUAAUUUACUAGUCGAGUAAUCGAUGGACUUUCCAUCGACUACUCAAGUCGAUAGACACUUCCGUGUUCUGUCUUUGAAAUACACAAGAGCCUCAGAGACCCACGCUGGGCCUAAGCUCCAUGCUGCGCUUCCUAUUUGAAAUGCACAAGAGCCUCCGCUGGGGACUCUUGAACAUUUCAAAGCUGGCAUGCCGCAUAGAGCCUGGGAUCAGCUGGGGAUUCCCCAGCUAAUCCCGGGCUCCAAGCCGCUUUGAAGUGCUGCAAGGAGCCUGGGAUCCUGGGCUCUGCACAGCAUUUCAAAGCGGCAGUGCCGUGUGGAGCCCAGGAUCAGGUAGGGAGUCCCCAGCUGACCAGGCUCUGUGUGGCGCUGCUGCCUUUAAGUACCUCCCUCAUCUACCCCCCCUUGCUGCCUCUAUCUGGUAGAGGGAGCGGGGGAGUGAAGGGGAGCGACUAGUCGACUGUCCUGUCGAUUAUCUGAUAAGCAUUUGGUUAUUGGAUAGUCGACUAGUCCUUUACAUCCUUGCUGCUGUGGCCUGCCACAUAACAGGCUUUAUGAAUUCUCACUGCCUGGCCUCCAUAUAUUAUGCCUCUUUAUUCCCCAGCAGGCUCUUAUCGUGAUUGAGAGAGAGAGGUCACAGACGAGGUAGAACCUUGGGAUAGUACUGUACAUGGAGAAGAGAGUCCAUCACUGCUCAUGCCUUGUUCUACAUCAAAGAACUCACAAGUGAAAACUGCUAGUGCCGUAAUUUAAGAAGAAGCACUAGAGUAUCACACGAGAUGUGACAAAUGGAAACAGCUUUUGGGAUACUACCUUCCAUGUACAAAUGAAGCAAUAUUGGCACAAAAUGUGAGGAUGGUGAGUGAGAUGUAAGAGGUGUAGGGGAUUCAGUCCUGGAGUGAUUUGAUAGAAGAACAUGUAGUUGGGGUUUGAACGACAAGAGAAAGAAGGAUGCUUCAGGAUCAAUCUAUGGUAUUUGGACACAGGAAUAAGAGAAUUUUUUAACAUCUUAUUAAAAUGAUUGCACGAUGAGUAUCCUACAGAUGCCUGCUGCUUCAAAUAGGAGUUUCUGUUUUUACCAACAUUAUUAUUUAUUAUAAUUAUUUGUCUGUUCUGGUAGUACUGAGAUGUCUCAGUCAUAGAUCAAGGCCCCUCUGUGCCGGGUGCUACAUAAGCACACAAAACUUAGAUAAUUCUUAUUCCCUUACCCCAAAAAUUUACUAAGUAGAGGGCCAAAUUUUGUUCUCAUUGACAAGAGAGCAAAUCCAGAGUGACCGAUACUGCAGUGAUGGUCACAGUAUAAUGACCUGAAAGAAUUCACUAACCGCAGUGGAAAUUCUUUGGAUUUUCACUAGUAUCACAGAGGAGAAUUUGGUCUAACUCUAUAGCAAUGGGAGAAAAUAUGCUAAAUACUCCCGUAGAGAACUUCUUGUCUGUUUCUCAGAUUAUUGUUAUGGCAGAUGACAGUGGAUGCUGUAGUUAUUACACAGUGUUCUGAAUUACUUUUCCUAGAGUACGUCUACACAGCAGGGCUAAAGUUGAAUUAAGCUACACAACUUCAGCUACGUCAGCUGUGUAGCUUAAAUCGUAAUAGCUUAAUUCAGUGUUUGGCGCUGUCUACACAGCAGGAAGUAGAUGGAAGAACAUUCUUCCUUCUACUUCCCUUACUCCUUGGCUACGUCUA